UGUGUUGCUGACAGCAGUCUGGUCUGGAUUUUGGAAACGGUAUUUAUGUACUCAAGCUGCACCGAGUGUCAAUCCUGGGAAAACUAUGGAAAUACUUUUGUUCCUGGGUGUAGUUGUAGCGAGCGCAGUCUCGGGUCUGGCUGGACACUACCAGGGGGAUAAAGUGCUUCGCCUGAUUCCGGAAACUGACCAGCACCUGCAAUUUCUCAGGAACGUGUCCCACACUAGGAAGGUUGAUAUUUGGCAACCACAUUCGAUUGACUUGGUGACCACAGACAGGAGUGUGGAUUUCAGGGUGGGUGCUAAUUGGACCUCAGAUGUCCAGGCUGAACUGGAGAAGAUUGGAUUGCAAUAUGAGAUUUUAACUGAGAACUUGCAGACCUUGAUUGAGAACCAGUUUGACCGAAUAAGGACCCGAUCAUUUAGCUACGAUUAUGAAAGUUAUCAUAACUGGGAUCAGAUUGAAUCCUGGAUUGCUACCAUUGCCAAUAAAAAUCCAAACCUAAUUUCUCGGGUUAAAAUUGGACAGAGUUAUGAGGGACGAGAUAUCUCUCUCCUCCGGGUUGGCAAGAGAACAGGUUCUCCGAAACCCGCCAUCUUCAUGGACUGUGGGAUCCAUGCCAGGGAAUGGAUCUCCCCAGCAUUUUGCCAAUGGUUUGUGAAAGAGGCUAUUAGAACGUAUGGAACAGAUUCUCUCCUGAACUGUCUUCUUAAUGAGUUGGAUUUCCUGGUUAUUCCUGUACUCAAUGUAGAUGGCUAUGUCUAUUCUUGGACUGAGGAUCGACUUUGGAGGAAGACAAGAUCCAGGAAUUUUAACUCUGCCUGUGUGGGAACCGAUCCAAACAGAAACUUCAAUGCUCAAUGGUGUGCCAACGGAUCCUCAAAUAAUCCAUGUUCUGAUGUCUACUGUGGGCCAUUUGUAGAAUCUGAAAAGGAAGUCAAGGCAGUUGCAACCUUCAUCCGUAACCACAGUUCAAUCAUCAAGGCUUACCUCACAAUUCAUUCGUACUCACAGAAAUUAUUGUUCCCAUAUUCCUACACCUAUUCAUUGGCAUAUAACCACAAUGAGCUGGCUAACCUCGCUCAGAAUGCAGUCUUGGCUUUGCAGAGUCUUUAUGGAACUCAGUAUACCUUUGGUUCUGGAUCAAACUCACUGUAUCUCGCUUCUGGCGGUUCUGAUGACUGGGCCUAUGACCUUGGCAUCAAGUACUCGUUCACCUUUGAACUCCGUGAUACUGGCAAAUAUGGCUUCCUGUUGCCUGAAUCUCAGAUCAGACCAACCUGUGAAGAAACCAUGCUGGCUAUCAACUACAUCGCCAAUUACGUUCUAAACCAUCUGUAUUGAUGCGUAGACUGAAUGAUGUCUAUUGGCCGACUUUAAAGUUUAAGGUUUAGAGUUGAAAUCUUUGUUGCAGGUGGAAGCAUUCAAACUAUUAAAAAAAAAAUGAAAGCACACAAAAUGCGUCUAAAAGAUAGAGCAGGAACAUUCUAAAUAAGAUGAUUGACAGGCUAAACGUGGGGUGAUGUUCCUAAUGACUGGGGAGUCCAGAACUGGGGUUCAUAGUCGAAGGAUACAGAGUGGGCCAUUUAGGGUUAAGAUGAGUAGAAACCUCUUCACCCUGAGUGUAGUGCGGCAAGAUGUUGUCACAACGUUUUUGAGGUGGAACAGAGGAGAUACAGGUAAGCAUGGGUGGAAACCUAACCUAGCGGCGGUACCUACAAUAUCCUGUCCAGUUAGUAGUUACAAUGGAAUCUACACCAAGAAUCAUGGGACCUGUAUCAUAGUUUCCUAUGAACCCCGUGUUCCCUUUCACCUCCAAUACCCUUUGACUCCCUUGUUCAUCAGUAAGUGCUGUUCUAUGAAUGUAGGCUUCUGCAUGUUACUGAGGAUAUGAAAAUAUAGAAACUAGGAACUGGAGAAGGCCAUUCAGCCCUGCCCAGCCAUUCACUAAAUCAUGGUCUGAUUUUAACCUCAAUUCUACAUUUCUGUGUAUCUCUGACAAUCUUUUACCUUUUUUGAUCAUCAAGAAUCUACCUGCCUGAAAAAUAAACUCAGCACUGCUCUGCCAUUCAGUAUGACAAUGGCUGACCAUCAGGGCCCUGUUCCUGCUUUCACCCCCAUACCCGUUGACCCCUUUAACCCUAAGGCCAAUAUCUAACUCCUUAUAGAAAGCAUUUCAGGGUUUUGGCUUCAAUCAUUUUCUGUGGCUUAGAACUUCACAGGUUCUCCGCUCUGGGUGAAGGCAUUUCUCAGUUCAGUCCUAAGAGCCCCACUCUUUAAUCCUUAGACUCUGACCCCUUGGUUCAGGACUCUGUGGUUAAUAAGAACAUCCUUUUGCAUUUACCUUGUCUAGUCCUACUAGAAUUUUAUAGCUUUCCAUGAGAUUUCCCCACAUUUUUCUAAACUCCAGCUGAUAUAGUCCUAACUGAUACAGUCUGUCUUCAGAGGCAUGCACCCUGGUAUAGUCCUCUGCCUGCCUCGGCAAUCUCUGGAGUUCUUUUAAUGCCCAAAAUGGGUUUUGCAAAGGGUUGUUGCUCCCUCUCAUGUCAGUGUUCUGAUUGACUAUUCCAAUGGAAAAGUUUGAUUGGCUGAUACAAGGUUUGUGGGUUGUUGGUGAUGCUGGCUGGGCAAGAGAGAGAAAAUGGGAUGGGGGAGUGACUUAAACAGAGUGAGAAAGGUAGGAGAGUGUGUGUGUGUGUGUGUGUGUGUGUGUGUGUGUGUGUGUGUGUGUGUGUGUGUGUGCGCGCGCGUGAGAGAGAGAAAGAGAUUGGAAAAGGGGGAGAGUGAGAGGGGCAGAUUGGAAAAGGGGGUAAGUGAGAUAGCAGAGUGGAAAGUGGAGGAGCAUGAGACAGUGAGAGGUGAUGAAGGAAAGUGAGUGGUCAGAAUGAAUCAAACUGAAGUGACUACCUGUGUAAUUUGUAUACAAUCGCAGUGAAAGUGAAGGUUUUUAAAUAUUGGGCUUGGUCUUUGGUUAGGUUUGUUGAAAUAUCUUCAAAGGUGGAAGAAGUUGAUUAGGUAAUGUUGGAGUUCAACCUGGUCAUCAAUGGAUUUGAGUUUUUGUUGUAAUGAUUGGUUAGGGUUGCAUUAAAGAAAGUUGAAAGGAACCAGAGAUGACCUCAGUCUGCGAUGGAGUUCAGGAAUCACAGAGCACCCAGACUGAUACUGAGGGCUAUAUUCUCCAUGGAAAACUGGCCUUAAAACUCUGUAACAUUGCGGCUGUCCCAAUGACACUGCUGAAAAUCUCAUUCACAUCGUUAUUACUUCCAGAUACAUCUAUUCAAAUGCUCUACUUUGUGUUUUGUUAUUAGUUUUUAUUUGUAAGAGAUAGAACAUAGAACAAUACAGCGCAGAACAGCCCUUUGGCCCUUGAUGUUGCACCGACCUGAGAACUAUUCUCAGCUUGUCCCCCUACACUAUCCCAAAAUCAUCCAUGUGCUCAUCUAAGGAUUGUUU